CUGGCCUGUGGCGUAUUUGGCGGGAGGCUGGCUUCCCCCGGCUACCUGUGGCUGCGCGGGAUUUCCAGUUUCCGCCCUGUCUCUCCCUGAAGCUUCUCAGUCCUCCCUCCAUGGUCUCUGCGUAGGGCAUAGUAGCCUUUCCCUCGGAGGACGCGAUGGCUCCCAGGAAACGCCCGGAAGCCCCGAAGACCCCCAACGUGGCGGCGCGCCUCCGGAGCAAGAGAAGUCCCCGGGAGCUGGAGCCCGAGGCCAAGAAGCUCAGAGUGAAGGGCUCCGGUUCUAGCAGGAGAUAUGACUCAGGCUGCCUUUGGGCGGGGUUGGCUAGCCUGCAGGUCCCGCCACCAAGCAGCAGCAUCGUCAGGGCCCUCCACCAGUAUAAGUUGGGCAAAGCUGCCUGGCCAUCACUACAGCAGGGUCUUCAGCAGUCCUUUUUGCACUCUCUGGCUUCUUACCGGAUAUUCCAAAAGGCUGCUCCCUUUGACAGAAGGGCUACAUCCUUGGCAUGGCACCCGACUCAUCCCAGCACCCUGGCUGUGGGUUCCAAAGGGGGAGAUAUCAUGCUCUGGAACUUUGGCAUAAAGGAAAAACCCACCUUCAUUAAAGGGAUUGGAGCUGGAGGGAGCAUCACUGCGCUGAAGUUUAACCUUCUCAAUACCAACCAGUUUUUUGCCUCCUCAAUGGAGGGAACAACUAGGCUGCAGGACUUUAAAGGCAACACUCUCCGAGUUUUUACCAGCUCAGAUACCUGCAACGUCUGGUUUUGCAGCCUGGAUGUGUCUGCCAACAGCCGAAUGGUGGUCACAGGAGACAACGUGGGGCAUGUGAUCCUGCUGAACACAGAUGGCAAGGAGCUUUGGAAUCUCCGAAUGCACAAAAAGAAAGUGACCCAUCUGGCUCUAAACCCCUGCUGCGACUGGCUACUGGCCACAGCUUCCGUAGAUCAAACAGUGAAACUCUGGGACCUGCGCCAGAUUAGAGGGAAAGCCAGCUUCCUUUACUCGCUGCCACACAGGCAUCCUGUCAACUCAGCUUGUUUUAGCCCUGAUGGAGCCCGGCUCCUGACCACUGAUCAGAAGAGUGAGAUCCGGAUUUACUCUGCUUCCCAGUGGGACUGUCCCCUGGACCUGAUCCCACACCCUCACCGUCACUUCCAGCACCUAACACCCAUCAAGGCAACCUGGCAUCCUCGGUACAACCUCAUUGUUGUGGGCCGAUACCCAGAUCCUAAUUUCAAAAGUUGUGCCCCCUAUGAAUUAAGGACGAUUGAUGUGUUUGAUGGAAGCUCUGGGAAGAUGAUGUGUCAGCUCUAUGACCCAGAAUCUUCUGGUAUCAUUUCGCUCAACGAGUUCAACCCCAUAGGGGACACGCUGGCCUCUGCCAUGGGUUAUCACAUUCUCAUUUGGAGCCAGGAGGAGGCUAAGCCAUGGGAUGAAAAUGAGACACAUUGAAGAAAGUGUGGGCAAAGCAACAGCUACGAGGCCACAAAUGGAAAUGAGUGCUAUGAAGAGGCAGCUACCUGUUACCGGGCCAAAAGUAUCCAAGUCUUAGGAUUGAAGACGGGCACUGUGGGACGGGGACUGGGACUGGGACAUUGGAAUGUUACUGCUUUUGACAGCUCCAGAAACUUAGGGUGAUCCAGCUGCCCUAAGAGUCCUGUUAUAUCUAGCCUGGAGCCAAGCUUACCCUGAAGCUAAAGUACUUUUCUCCUUUCUGAUAGGUGGUGGCUGAGUGAUCAGGGCGUGUUUUUUUUUUGUGUGUGUGUGUGGUUUGUACUCACUAUUGACAAGGCCAAUAAAACCAAAUCCAACUGAGCUUCUGAGUAGAUAUGGCACUGACCUGGUCAAAGAGGCACUGGAGUGUCAGGAAUGAAAAAAAGGCACAAAACCAGCAUUCACAGUCCAAAACUUCAUUCUCUGGGAGCUACCUCAGCCUUAUUCUGUGCUAGUCGAGCUAUCCAGUUCACCACCUACAUUUACCUCAGGUCCCUGGAGAGCCCAAUCCAGCUGAGGGAGUAUUUUCAUGAUUCUAUAUGAUCUGCUCCCUCCCACCUCCCCCAACUCCCUCCCCAGUAUAAUACAAACCCCCUUCCAGACCUGCUCAAGUCACCAAGGGGUGACAGAAGUGCCUGAACCAUUGAGACUAAUGGUAGCUUCAGCUGGACAAAGGAAAACUUGGUUGGCUGGUUGUUGGGGGAUCCAGGUCCUUGGUAGCAAAUGUUGUGUACCCCCAGAGUUGUGCAAUUUUUCCCUCUAAAUAAGCACUGAGAGGCAAGAUGAUGUCCGAUGACCCAUUUGCCAAAGACUCCAG